AUGGCUGUGCCUGAUUUCAAAGAUGUUCCUGAUCUUACUGGAACCUGGGUAUUGAACCGAGACCUGUCCACCGAUCCAGAUAAAGUUUUCGUCUUGCAAGGCGUACCUUGGGUUGUCCGAAAGGUCUUGCAACACGCCCAGCUUUCGUUGAAAAUCCACCAGACCACUUCCCUAUCCAAAAAAAGCACAGGCACGGAUGGAAACGCCAAUGGAAAUUCUGAUUUGGCCGACAAUUUGAAACCAGUCACGACUCUUGAUAUGACACAAACUGUCAACCCAGGGGGCUUUGACAGCAAAGGAAGUUAUCCGAUCGACGGAAGCCAGCUAGACGUUUCGCUGCCUAUCUUCGGAUGUGUUCAGAUGCAGCUCAAAUUUAUUGACAGAUCUGAUAUACUGGAAGAUUCCAUCCGUCAAAUUGUUGAGGUGGGUAGCUUGAGCGACAAGGUCAUUCAAGAAUUUGCCCAGAAUACUUCAAAGGGAUGGGAAGCGGAAGUGAUUUGGGGAUUUGAAGAGCUCGACGGAAAGAGAUAUUUGACACGAAACAUUAGCACGACUAAGGAGGAGAAGAAGGUUAUUGCUAAGAUGGUUUACGAUGGUCCAAAUUAG